AUGAAACAAUACACGAAUCACGAACUGAGUAUGCUUAUGAUACAACACAACAAUGAAGCCGUCACCAAGUUGAGGGGAGGCAAAGUGAUCGAAGCCUUCCAUUUGCUGUCCAAGGCCUGCCGAGCAGUGCAUGAGCUCCAACAACAACAAAACAAAGACAAUGGGUAUUCUGCUAAUGCCGACAAUGAUUGUCAGGAGGACCAUCACCAAUACCAAUACACUUGGCUGGAUUGCUCAAAAGCUGUGGCACACAGGAUGAAGGGAACGAGAAACUUUUGUGAAGGCAGCUUGCCUUUUCUCUUUCUUCAAUUUCUGUGGAUUGAUACUCCAAUGGAAUCAUCAUCAUCAUGUUAUGAUUCCAUGAUGAUGGACGAGAUGAAAGAUGACGGUCCGGUCUGUGUGCGAGGCUUUGUUUGGGUAUUGUGGUACAAUCUUGCCACCGUGUCCAUCCUGGUAGGCAGUCCAGUGGGAGCAACUGGUAAUUGCUUGUUGCAGCAAUCCCUCGAGCUGUUCCGCUCGGUGCAAUCUGCAGUGGACCCUGAACCCUUGUCCAAACAUUGGAUCAUACUCAAACUAGCCAUUUUGAACAACGAGGCUUGCGCACUCAGCGAGCUCAAUCAGUCCCGCCAACGCUUGGACCGAUUGGUCAAGAUGGGACUGGCACUGUGCAACAUGUCGGAUCUGCUAGAACCCGAAGAGCAAGAGCUAUUCUUGUGGACCGUCACGUCAAUGGCGGACGACCGUUUUGCUGCUGCCGCUUAG